AUGUCAGACCAAUUGGGUAGUAGUAAAAGUGGAGCGGUCGAUCAGUUGAACGGUAACAACGCUGGUAGUGAUAAAGCAAAACCACUGUUGAUAGGCGAUGAGAAUAACAGUAGUAGUAGCAUUUCGAUCGAUGAUGAAGACGACAGUGACAAGGCAUCGCUUGUUGCACCAACGAUCGACGAGAUGCUCUCAAAGAUAGACGAGACAACAUUGGCGAAUCUCGACAAACCGAUGAUGGUGAGAAAGUAUCAGCAUGAAGACUGUUCGACACCGGAGUGGUUCGAACAUUCCAAACACGUCUUUAUAUUCUCGUUGUCCGGUAAGCCUAUCUAUUCGCGUUACGGUGACGAAGUGCAACUCAAUACAUUCAUGGCGACACUCUCUGCGAUGUCGUCGUUUGUCGAAUCACAGAAAGACGAACUACGUUACAUCAAUGCCGGUGCAUUCAAAUUCGUGUUUCUGCAUCGUGAUCCACUCUGUCUCGUAUCGAUAUACAACACUAGCGAACCACCACAGAUAGUAUCUGCACAACUGGAAUACAUGCAUGCACUGGUUGUAUCGAUGCUUACACAAACCAACAUGAAAGCGGUAUUCGAUGCUAAAUAUGAUCUACGUGAUCUAUUAGGAGGUACUGAUAAAUUCUUGGAUAACUUGAUGAAAACAAUUGAUAAUGAUACAUCGAUUUUGUUAAACUCUGUAAAUUGUUUAAGAUUAAAUUAUAAUACAAGAAAUGAAAUUACAACAAUCAUUCAUAAUAAUAGACAUGAAUCUGUAUUAUUUGCUUUACUUGUUGCAGGAAACAAACUAGUUAGUUUUGUUAAACAAAAGAAAUACUCUUUAAAACCACAAGAUAUACAUAUCGUUAUGAACUUUGUAUCAUCAACAUCAUCAUUCAGAGAGUCGGAAACAUGGACACCAAUAUGUCUGCCCAAUUUCAAUGAUGCAGGUUUCCUUCAUCUCUAUAUUUGUUAUAUUAUGCCAGAUGUUUGUCUUUUAUUAUUCUCUGCUCAGGCAGAAGCAUUUUAUCACCUUAGUUCAUCAAAAGAUGCAAUUGUAAAGGAAUUAGAAUCACGAAACCUAUUAGAGGAACUAUCUAAAGCUGUACAGAAUCACGGUUACUCUGUGGAAGCCACCGGUGUGCCAUAUCUCUUACACUUUAUUCAAAAUGAAACAGUCAUGGUUGCUGUUGCCAGCUCACACGAGCUCUAUGCCACUUUUUCGCCACUCGAAAGCAAACAAAAUGUUUUCGAUUCUUUCUCACAGUUACUACAGUGGAUAAAAGAUAAUGAAUCAAAUAUUUAUAAUCCAUUCCUUAAAAUUUUAAAAGACUAG